CAUCGUUCUCCAUCGUUCUCCAUCAUUCUCCAUCGUUCUCCCUCCAUACUCCAUCAUUCUCCCUCCAUUCUCCAUCGUUCUCCAUCGUUCUCCAUCGUUCUCCACCUCAGAGAGGUGUGCAGUUCAAGGGGGCUGGGAAUUUGGAGCGUUCUUCUGCUGACUGCCUUUUCUUUGUCUCCAUGUCAGACGGAGGAGAUCAAGAAGCUGGGGAGCAGCGACCGGUCCAGCUUUGCUCAGAACGGCGUCUACAUUGGCGGGACGAGGUGCAGACUGAUCAGGGACCAGAUGGACAUGGACCCCGUCUACGCUCUGGACCUGAAGACCGCUGCUGAUGCUGAGGGCAACACUUUCAACGUCUGUGUGGGGAAGAGCGUAACAGCUAUAGUCAUAGUUAAGGGCACAAAAGACGCCAGCGGUGGACAGCUGUCCAGCAAGGCCUUCAGCGUAGUCAGCUACCUAAGGAAGUCCAACAUGUGAAUCCAACAUGGCCGCCGCCUCCCCCCUCCUCCAAAU